AAGCUUCUUCUUCCAUUUGUCCAUCUGAUUAAGCUUCUUCUUCAGUGGUUAGUGAGCAAUGAUGAAGAGAUUUGCGUUCGAGGAGAGGGAUAUGGCGCGCAUGCUGCUGCUGGUGUCGCGGGAGCAGGCGAUGCCGGUGGCUGCACGCGGUGACCGCGCCCCGGAGCGCGCGUUCGUCUGCAAGACGUGCGACCGCGUGUUCCCGUCGUUCCAGGCGCUGGGCGGGCACCGGGCCAGCCACAAGAAGCCGAGACUGGACGGCGACGGCGACUUCAAGCCCAAGAUGCACGGCUGCUCCAUCUGUGGCCUCGAGUUUGCCGUCGGCCAGGCGCUCGGCGGCCACAUGAGGCGUCACCGUGCCAUGGUUGCAGGAGGCGAUGGCGUCACAGCGGGUCCGCCGGCGAAGACGACCGACAACCUUGAGGACAGUAACAACGCCGUUGUGGUUGUUGGCAGCGGAGGAGGCAUCAAGCCCGGGCUGUGGCUUGACCUGAACCACCCGCCGUGUGACGAUGUGGGUGGCAGUGACGUCGAUCAUGGCGAGUGCGGCCAUGACACCGCAGCCGCUGGGUACACGUUCCACCAGUUUUUGGAUGCCGGCGCCAUGGCGGUGGACUGCGUCGGCUACUAGCUCCUCUCCCUCUAUUGCCGGGGUUUUGCUGGACAGUACAUUAAUAACUGUGUGUGUACUUACUACUUUAGGUUCUCUUUUCACUUGUUCUUCUUCUUCUUCGAUGAAGACAUUAAUCCACAUUUUCUAGUAGCAGGUUAGAUGAGUGCCUAAUGGAAGGGCAUGACGCACAUAGAUCAUUUCCUUUUGAGAUGACAGUGUGCUCAAUUUGGUGACUUGGAGGCCCACCAAGACUA